CGCACAAGCUGAGAUCGUCGGGUAAUUAUCCCAAAUCUAAUGUUUAUGAUCGUUGUUGCUUAAAUGGCCGCGAUUCAACGUGUUGAACAAUCUCAAUCGACUUCUACGCUUGUAGUAGCCGAAGAACAUGAUGAAACUGCAGUACCUAGUGUUAGGAUGAAAUUGAAAAAGCCCAAAGGGAAGAAAAAAGUAGCAUUCUCUCCUGACACUGUGGAUAAUGAGAAUAUGAAUAAGAAGAAAUCAAAAUGUUGCUGUAUUUAUGAAAAACCCAGAGAAUUUGGUGAAAGCUCGUCAGAAAGUGAUGAUGAAUGUGAACACUGUAAAGGGCAUGUCGAACACAAACGCCGACCUGUAAAAAAUGGGCCCUCUCAUGAGCAGAAUCAUAUGCAUAGCAUAGAUGGAGGAAGCAAGUGAAAAAUGAAUUAUUUCUACAGUAUUACUCAAGGCAAAUGUACAUUAUGUAAAUAGCUCUUUUAUGAUUUACAUGAAUGAAUUUUGGAUUCAUAAAUAUUUGCUUUUACUUUCAAAGUAAAAUUGUUUUAGAUUGCUCAAAAGAUUUAUUUGUUUGAAAUGUAAAUAUUUUCCAUCAUAUAUUAUGCGGUAAUUUCGUUUCUAAUGAAUGUGAGAUUUUUUUGUAAAAAGAUGUUGUACCGUGCUUAAAGAGAAAUUUUGUGUCAGAACAAUAUGAAAGGAGUACAUUAUUUUAUUACAUAGAAUUGACAAAAAUUUAGAGUAUUUUCAUCAUCAACAUGUUAAAUUAUCAUUCAUUCUUUUCCACACAUACCAAGAUAGAUUUUUGAAAAAUCUACAAUUUAGGCAUAAAUAACAUGUACGUUUUAGGCUUUCUUGGACAGUUUUUGUCAAAGUUAUUGCAAUUUAUAAGGGCAUCUUUUCAGCCUACUUAUACCUAAACUUGCCAAUUUAACAAUGUGAUCAAAAGUGGAGAAAUUUAUAAUUGGAUUCAAUAAAACUUGACCUUUUGGAAAGAAGUAAUAAAUAGCAGAAUAUAUAAUAAUAUAAGUACAAGUAAUCAAGUUUUUAAUAUACAUAAUCAAGAAAAGUUAUGAUUUAUUCUAACAUUCAAGAAAUGGUCUUUGUAGCUGAUUUUUCAAAGCAAUGUUUGCCUAUUUUCUUAUUUUGUCAUUAAUUUUCUAUCGUUUUGGGAUGUAUGCAUUUUAUUUAGAGACACUUGAUUUCAAUCUUUUUCAUUUGUCUAACAUUGCUUGCUCUUUAAUAGAACAGUAGCUUAAGCUUAUUCAAACACUAAUUUUAGCAAUCAGUAUUAGAAUUGCUAUUUAUUAUUAUUUUGAUUAUCAAUAUUUUGCUAGUUUCAAGCUAAAAUUUUGCAUAUUACUGGAAAAUAAUGAAAUGAAAUAUGUUGCUAUUUCAAUACUUCAUUGAAAAUUGCAGUUUCUUGUUAUUAUCUGGCAUUAAAUCAAAUGUAGGAUUACAUAAGUAGCCAUAAGGCUGAAACUUCAGACUUUUCUGGAAAUAUUAAUUCAGUUCUGAAACAUCUAAAAAAAAUGCUAUUUGGAGAGAAACAGUUAAACAUUUCUUUUCCUCAUUGUAAUUCAGAAAGUGAGCCUAUAAAAAUGAAAUUAGACAGUGAACAAACUGGAAUUCAACAUCUUAAAAUAAAACUAGCUAAAACAAGGGUUUUCAACGUUUCAGGCUCUGUUCUCUCUUUGGACACUGAUGUCAGCUCAGCUACCCCCCCCCCCCCCAAAAAAAAAAAAAAAACUAUAUAUGGUCAGUAUGAGAAUAAAAUAAAAAUUUGAAACUGAAGCUGGGGUUAUUCAAAAGAAAUACCGGUCAUUUUGUAAACAAAAAAGUACUGACAUAAGUUUAUUUUGAAUAUAAACUCCUGAUUAUAUCUGUGGUAUUAUAUGUAAUUAAUACUUUAUUGUUGUUGAAAAACAUGCUGUAUAUUGCAGUGUAUGAUGCACAUUUUUGACAUGAAAAAUAAAAUUGAAGCUUAUGAGAGUGUGUUAAAUGAUGAUUAUAAAUAUCAUAGAUUAAAAAUUAAUGAAAAAAGAACAAAAAAUGGAGAUGUUCAUAAACCUAAAUGUUGUUUGACUGAAAUGGAAAUUAUUUAUUAAAUUAAUAAUUUUCAUUUUUGUUCAAUAAAGAAAUAGUUUAUCAUAUUUGUUUUCCAUUGUAUCCUCAGUUCCACCAUUAAAGUCUGAUCCAUGAAUAAAUUAUUUUCUGCUUCA